UCAAGUGCUGAGGUAUGAAGUAAAGAGCACAGAGUGCAAUUUGUCAACUCAUGCCAUAACAAUAACUUGACAAUAACAGUAACAAAUAAGGCACGUGCACAACAAUUUUGUGUUUUAUGUAAGUUUUGAAAUCCUCAGCUUUUCGAAUGGGGGUAAAAUCUCAACCUUUAGAAAAGGCUAAAUACACAAUAACUAAUACUGUAAUCUUAAGAGAAACGUUAGAUUCAUAUUUGCUGGUAAUUUGACUCAUAUGUGCCAACUUAUCCUCUAGCUAUUGUCUACAAUAACAAUGCGGGAGUAUUGCGUCAUAUCACCAUGGCAACGUGUUUGGGGAAUCCUGCGCUCGCGCGGACCAAACACGGAUUGUAGACGGAUUUUUUUUUUUUAUGUAAUAAAUUGUUCAGAUUUGUUCAUUUUCAGCCAUGACAGACGGCUUGCUUGCUGUGGUGUCGGAGGCAGAACGCAACAGCUUUCCAACUCUGUCUCAGCUGAGCGAGAACGAUGUGGAUAAUAUUUGGGCAAAUGUGUCUGCUUUCAUCGAACGGCACAUGUCUAUGCAAAAGGGAGUGUGCAUUGCUGGCCUUGGAGUCUUCACCUUCUCCCAGCAGAAGUUGGAUCUAGGCAGCAAGUAUGUCCUUUAUCAGAGGCCAGUCUUCAUCUUAACUGAGAAACUUUGCCAGUCUCAUGGCCUUAAACAGAGCAAACCUCUCGCUGCAGCAGGGGACAUACCGGUGGUGCAGCUCAAUUUCACCGCCCUGAGCGUGGACAGCCCGUUCGAGCGCGACGUGGUAGAAAGCUGUGUGAGGGAGAUGCUCCUCUUAUUGCUGCGUGCUGUGGCUGCACAGCGCAGUGUCUUCCUUAUCUUCAGGGGUAUUGGCGUACUCUCAUUCCAGCACAGCAACGUCAAGAUGAAGUUCUACCGUGACUUCAUCUCAAGCAUGGAUGGCUCAGGCACACUCCUCUGGGCUCUGUCCAACAGACCUGGAACGAGCAUCUCCAUAAUCUCUGGGAAGCACUCAAGCCUCCAGCGCCUUGGGAGCUGCAAUGCCAUGACAUUCCCCAAGAUCUCUUCAGGAAAUGUACUGAGAGAGGAGCAAGUGGAACAUGAAGGUUCUGCCCCUGAGCUGUAUGAUAGACAAGAGGAGAAUAGGAAAGAGUCUAGACCUUCGGCACAGCAUGUAUUCAGGCCAUCCGAAUGCAAAGCACAUGGAAACAUCUUAAGUGAUAACCAAAAGACUGAGAUUCAAUUAGAAACUACAGAAAGACAGCCUAAAGCCCCACAGCCACCAGAUGGCACUGCUGAAAAAGCAGAAUUAAAGCGAGAAGCUGCUUAUCCAGGUCUGGCUUGCCAAGACCACACCCGGGCUGGACAGGAGCUAUGCUACCUGUGUAUGCAGCGAGCCCAGCGCAAUGUACCACUGUAUCUAGAAGAGGAGAGAUCCCGAAAGGACAAAGAGGAGGAGAAACUGCUUCUGCUUGCUCAGAAACACAGAGAUGAGCAGUUCUUUGAGAGAGAACAAGCCAAGCAAGAGCAGAAACUGCAGAACAAUAAGAAGAUGGCAGCAAUUAAUCUCGGGGUUGCUGAAAUACUGAGGGCAAAAAAGUCAACAAGGUCGUCCCAGUUUGAGGGCUCAUACAUCUUUGGUAGACGUCCAGUCACUCCUCCUAGGCUCCUGAAACAGAGGUGCUACAUGCAGGACUUGACAGAGCAGCUGACCCAGAGAAAGCUGAACCAAACGGAGAGAUGCCAAAACCAGGAGUUUACUGAACGGCUGCAUCAAAUCCAGCUAGCUGAUGAGUUUGCUAAAAUGAAAUCCCAGGAAUUUCUCCAAAAAAAGGAGAACAUGAAGAGGCUCCAAAAGGCCCUGGAUAUCCAACUGGAACACCAGAAUCCAGGCCUCCCUGCACGCCAGCCUGACUCGGUCGGCCCUGUGUUUGGGGUGAGGGACGGUGCUCCGGAUUUGCUGGCCGAACAGAAGCAGAGAGCACAAAGAGUUGGUGAAGAGCAGCGAAACGCAGCACGGUGCAAGAGGAAGGAGGCGCUUUGUAGCUGGCUGAGUGAGCAGAGAAAGGAAAGAGACAUGCUGCAGCGCAACCACAAGGAAUUGAUCGCAGAUCGGAUCAACCAUUACGAGAGGCUGAGGAAAGUGAGGACUGCGCUAGAAGACACAUGGACUCGCAGCGCUGACCUGAAACACUGCCGAGACAUGGAGGAGAGAGCCUUCAUUAGGUCAGGUGGCAGGCUGCUGAUAGAUCAGUGUGAACAGUACCGCCGCUGUUUCCAGUGCAAGAGAAAAACCACCAACUGUGGUGAGAGCAACAUCUGGAAGGAGUCACACUACACCUCUGGCUCUCGUCUGAUGGUGUAGACUCUUCAACUUUAUUCUACUCAACUUUAUUUUACUUUAGAAUUAACUACUAUAAUACUUGAAGUUCUAGUACAAUAGAAUUCUUAGAAUUGGUGAAACUGCAAUCACGGGAUCCUUCUCCUCCUGUGAUUCUCCUACCAGUUAAGACACAUGCAAUUAAUUCAAUUCAAGUUUAUUUGUAUAGGCCUUUUGUACAAUUGACAUUGUCCUGAGGAACUAAUA